UCCCUAAACUGCGUCAGAUCCGUGUUUGAAACUACUAUAAAAUCCCAGUUCCUCUCGUUUCUUAAAAUCCAUCAAUCUGUGUAGCCAACUUUGUACGUACAAGUGAAGUGAUCCACAAUCUUGAUACAGUAAUACGUUAGGUAGCUUUCAUCAUACUUGUUUGAGUUUAUUGGUAGUAGAUAAAGAAAAAAUGGCUGAGGAGCAUACCAAGGUUGGUGGUGAGGAAGCAGUGGCGAGCAAGGAGCGAGGGAUGUUUGAUUUCUUGGGGAAGAAAGAAGAGGAGAAGCCUCAACCUCAAGAGGAGGUGGUCGCCACCCAGUUUGAGAAAGUCAAGAUAGAAGAGGAACAUAAGGAAGAUGAGAAGAAACACAGUCUCCUGGACAAGCUUCACCGAUCCAAUAGCACCUCCAGCUCUUCUAGUGACGAGGAAGAAGGUGAUGGCGGAGAGAAGAAGAAGAAGAAAAAGGAGAAGAAGGGAAAGAAAGAAGAGGACAGUGCAGUCCCAGUGGAGAAGUGCGAUGAGGCGGCAACAGUUCACCACUCAGAGACGCCGGAAAAGAAGGGUUUCAUGGAGAAGAUCAAAGACAAACUCCCAGGACAGCAUAAGAAAGAUGAAGAGGUCACCACCCCACCACCAGCUGCUGCUGCCCCAACUGAGAACGACCACCAUGAGGGAGAGACAAAAGAGAAGAAGGGAUUUUUGGAGAAAAUCAAGGAGAAAAUUCCUGGUUACCACUCCAAAACAGAGGACGAGAAGGAAAAAGAGACCACUGCUCCCCAUUAAUGAAUCAAUAUAAUGCAUUUCAAGUAAAAGAUGUCUAUGAGAUUGUGUGGUUUAUUAAUUUGUUGGAGCUGUUUGUUCUCUGUUUUUCUUUUUGGGGUUGCAUACAUCAUAUAAAUUUCUGCGUCUGUUUUCAUGAUUGUAAGUAAAAAAUAAAAGGGUAUGUAUAUUUAAUGUUUUUAAUGUUAUUAUAAUAAUUAAGAAAUGAUGGUACUAUUUCCUUUUUAUCAA